UGGAGCCUCAUCCUGACCCCUUGCAGUAUCUACACCAUCUGUCUGCAAUGGGACUCCAAGGCAACACUCAGAGGGAGAUGCAGAGAGAGGGAUGGGGGGAGAGGAGGGAGUUUUGUCAGCGCUCCCCGAGGACCCCCGGUGCUGCAGUUUUGAUCUGCUAAUUAUGUUUAAUUGAGGCUGUGUAAUUCACUAGCGUUGUCUCUAUUUCCCCUUAUCUCUGCCGCGUAGCUUUUAACAAACUCUGGCGCUGACGAGGGAACAUGGCACAUCAUCAGCAAUAAACGUUUCGGUGCAGUAAUUUUUGAAGAGAUCUGUAUUUUAAUUUUGGGGAAGUAGGGUGUCUACAUGGGGACCGCUAGAAUGGGUUACAGCAGUUCAGCGGAUAUUGAAGUGUUUUAUCUGUGCGCAGUGGAUGCUCUGAAGAGCGGAGGCGCGACGCGGCGACUUGUUUGACGCCGAGACAGUCGUCACAGCGCGCACACACAUACACACAGAGAUAUAGAAACACGCGCACACAGACACAUACACACACACAGACACACACACAUACACAAACACACACACAAAUACACACGGAGAGAUAGAGAGAUGCUUGCACAAACACACGCACGCGGUUUCGUUUGGCGAGAUGGCACCAGGUGAUGGCGUAAACGACGAAUGAUGGUGUGCGCCAUACCUCUUUUGCGUCUUCAUUUUUUGGAGAAGACACGCCAGGAAAAGCGACACAGAGAGAGACAGAAAACCCCGACAGGGACAGGCGAGGAAGAGACAUAUCAGUUUUAACGAGCUGUGAAGUUGGAGUCGCUUCUUUGGAGGAGCAUAGACACGGCGAUAUUUCCCUAGCGCGCGUCCCUUUAACUCGUCACAUGAAUAUCUUUUUGAUAUUUUAUAAUGGGAAGAUGAAGUCACCCAAGUCUGCCCCCCUUACCACUAACCCGUUCUCCCCCUCCACCACCAUCCUUCUCUCAUUCAGGCCCGGUGCCCAUAUGUUUAAUUAACUAGGCUGAUGUGUAAGUACCUUCAGCCAGCGAAGCGUGGGCGGGCGGGCUGCGGGGUAAGGAGACUGCCGGAGAAUAUUUCCUUAUUUCUCUCCGCCGGGGCGCUCGGUCGGCUGCCGGAGCAUCACCUCUGUGGCGCGGCUCUGAAAGCUACAAAAACAACUCAACCCGUUUAAAGUUGUUCCGAAUUGUUUAGGUUGGUUUUGGAGUGCGGUGCUCGUUCUGAGAGCGCGUGAGGGAGAAAAGAAAGAGAGAGAGAGGGAGAAGGAGAGUGAGAGAGAGUGUGUGUGUGUUGAUAUAUGUGUGUGCGGGUGUUUUGGUGUUAUUUGUGACGGAAUCCCCCCUUCAGUCUCCAAGAAUCCGCGAGCGGCGCAAGGAGGAGGAGGGCAGGAGAGGAGGAGGAGGAGGUGGAGGAGGAGGCGCGCGGACCUGUCCACGAGCCCUCACUGCGGAACGCGCGGGGCUGCCGCUGGAGAUUCCAAACCAACGGUUAUUUUGGAUUCUAGAACCUAACUCUUCCACGCACGUCAACGGCUUUUUUCUCACCUCUUUUUCCCCUCCGUCUCCGCCGUUCAAUGGACGGUGUUUGACAUCUUUACCGGGAGGAAUACUACCCAUCUACCGGGGGAAGAGGUGGUGGUGGAGGGGGAGGUCUUCUGAGGCAGACAGGUGGAUUUAUCCGUGUGGUAGUGUGGUUUUUUGGGGGGGGUGGUUGGAUGGAGGAGAAAUUGAUGGAUUAAUCUGACGGAGGAGAGUCGUAUGUGACUCCCACUCCUGCCGAGGGCACCCGAAUGGAGUAACAGGCUGCAAUGUCAUCUCCACCUGGCCGCCUGGAGAGAUGUGUCACGGGAAUGGGAUCAAGUUUGAACACUUUUCCUCCGGUUUCAUUGACGCUGUGAGAAGGAACCAAAAUGCCAGUAAACGGACAGGUCGCGGUGGCUGCCUGCACGGGCCCUCACACCACGGCAGCAAAAGCCAACAUUCAUCGCACGGACUCCGAAGAAGAAGGCGCAAAACCUCCGCGACCGCAAACCAGCAGCUGCCACGCUUUGUGACACCGAAGGGUAUGAUGGGUGUAGUGGGCUGGAUGUUACUCCUACUCUCCCAAAUGAUGGUGCCUGUGGCGUCCCAGAAGCCUCCUGGGCUCAGUGUGGGUGUGAUCAUGGGCCAGACGCGCCUCGUUUCCGAUCAGGAGCUCCGGCCACCUCGGCGCCCUGAUGAUGCCCUUGACAUCUCUGUGGUAGCACUGAGGAUCAACCAGACAGACCCAAAGUCUGUGAUUACACAGGUGUGUGAGCUUCUAUCACGCACUCGUCUCCAUGGCAUUGUGUUUGCCGAUGGCACCGAUCAGGAGGCCAUUGCCCAGAUCCUUGACUUCCUCUCCGUCCAGACACAGCUUCCAGUUCUGGGGGUCCACGGAGGCUCCUCUAUGAUAAUGGCUGACAAGGAUGAGAAGUCCACGUUCUUCCAGUUCGGCGCGGCGCUGCAGCAGGAAGCCCUGCUCAUGCUUGCCAUCAUGGAGGAGUACGACUGGCAUGUUUUUUCUAUCGUCACUUCAAAGUUCCCCGGGUACCAAGACUUCAUCAGCACGCUCAGGGUAACCGUGGAUCACAGCUUUGUGCGCUGGGACAUGCAGAGUGUGGUGACUCUCGAUGCUAUAGAUGGUGACCCAAACUCUAAAUCACACAUCGCCCUCAAGAGGAUUCAGAGCCCUGUUAUACUGCUGUACUGCUCCAAGGAUGAGGCUUUGUAUAUACUAGAGGAAGCUCGGUCCUUGGGCCUGAUAGGAGCCGGUUACAUCUGGAUCGUGUCCAGUCUUACCACUGGCAACCCAGACUUUACCCCCGAGAUGUUUCCCCUGGGUAUGAUCUCCGUGUCCUAUGAUGACUGGGAGUACCCGCUCGAGACGCGGGUGCGGGAUGGAGUGGGCAUCAUUUCAUCUGCAGCCACCUCCAUGCUGCGGGAGAAGGGGGAGCUGCCAGAGGCCCAGAGCAGCUGCUACAGCACACCGUCAGACAGGAGCCCAGGGAAGCUCCCACCUAGUGCCCUGCGCAGACACAUGAUGCAUGUGUGGUAUGAAGGGCGAGACCUAACCUUUACUCCAGAUGGUUACCAGGCCAACCCCAAAUUGGUUGUCAUUGUCCUGAACAGCGAGAGGAAGUGGGAGAAGAUGGGCCGCUGGGAAAACGGGACUUUGUCGUUGAUGUUCCCCGUGUGGCCGCGGUAUAACUCCUACGGCGAUGAGGAUGCAGAUGAAAACCACCUCUCCAUUGUCACCCUGGAGGAGAAACCUUUUGUCAUUGUCGACAACGUUGACAUCCUCACCGGCACCUGCAUGAGAAACUCUGUGCCCUGCCGCAAACAUGUCAAAGAUAACAGCACAUCAGGAGGCUCCUACAUUAAACAGUGCUGCAAGGGUUUCUGCAUUGACAUUCUGAAGAAGAUAGCGAGGAACGUCAAGUUUACUUACGACCUUUACCUGGUCACGAAUGGAAAACACGGCAAGAAGAUCAACAAUGUCUGGAACGGCAUGGUCGGAGAGGUGGUGUAUAAAAAGGCAGUAAUGGCAGUGGGUUCAUUGACCAUCAACGAGGAGAGGUCAGAGGUCAUCGACUUCUCUGUGCCCUUUGUGGAGACUGGCAUCAGCGUCAUGGUGUCUCGUAGCAAUGGGACCGUCUCCCCUUCUGCCUUCCUCGAGCCCUUCAGUGCAUCAGUUUGGGUGAUGAUGUUUGUGAUGCUGCUCAUCGUCACAGCCAUCGCCGUCUUCCUCUUUGAGUUUGUCAGUCCGCUGGGCUUCAACCGCAACUUGGCCCAAGGCAAAGACCCACAUGGUCCAUCAUUCACCAUCGGUAAGGCCAUAUGGCUUCUGUGGGGUCUGGUGUUCAACAACUCUGUGCCCGUGCAGAACCCAAAGGGCACCACCAGUAAAUUCAUCGUAUCAGUGUGGGCCUUCUUUGCCGUCAUCUUCCUGGCCUCCUACACUGCCAACCUGGCUGCCUUCAUGAUCCAGGAAGAGUUCGUGGACCAGGUCACUGGACUGUCUGACAAGAAGUUCCAGAGUCCGUACUCCUACUCCCCUCCAUUUCGCUUCGGGACGGUUCCUAACGGCAGCACCGAGCGCAACAUCAGGAAGAACUACCCAGAUAUGCAUCAGUACAUGACCAAAUACCAUCAGAGCGGUGUCCAGGAUGCACUGAUCAGCCUCAAGACUGGAAAGCUGGAUGCUUUCAUCUACGACGCCGCGGUGUUGAACUACAUGGCCGGAAGAGAUGACGGCUGUAAGCUGGUGACCAUCGGCAGCGGGUACAUCUUUGCCACCACUGGUUAUGGCAUCGCCCUGCAGAAAGGAUCCUACUGGAAACGGCUGGUUGAUCUGGCCAUACUGGGCAUCAUAGGAGACGGUGAGAUGGAGGAGCUGGAGGCCCAGUGGCUGACUGGGAUCUGCCACAACGAGAAGAACGAGGUGAUGUCCAGCCAGCUGGACGUGGACAACAUGGCGGGGGUCUUCUACAUGCUGGCCACGGCCAUGGGCCUCUCCAUCCUCACCUUUAUCUCUGAGCAUCUUUUUUACUGGAGGCUGAGAUACUGCUUCACUGGUGUCUGCUCUGGAAGGCCAGGUCUGCUCUUCACUAUCAGCAGGGGUAUAUGGAGCUGUAUCCACGGCGUUCAUAUAGAUAUGAAGAAGAAGGCUCCCGAGCUGGGCUUCAGUCCUCAAGCCAACAUGCUGCACCUGCUCAAGUCUGCCAAGUCCAUUGCUCUGUCUUCUCCCAAACGCAACACUGUCCUCUUGCAGCCUGGCAUCCUAGAUAUGGUGUCAGGGAAAGGUAACUCACUCCAUAGUCUGCCUCCGAAGGGUCCUGGUCUCUAUAGCAACGCCGCUGGUCCACAGAGUUUCCUGUCAUUGUCCGGGCGACACAAAAACCUCCUCAACAAUGCUGCGCCAUUUCCUGCGCAACAAAAACCCCCUCCCCCCCUCCAGACCAGCCCCAACAAGCCUCAGCUGUCAAUCACCAACGACAACGGUAAGGCCCGGAUGACGGGGCCGGCCUGCUCUGCGUCAAAACCUCGAGCCCUGUGGAAGAAAAGUGUGGAGACGCUUAAGACACAGCCUACUGUCGUAUCUCCCAGCCCUGGCCAAAGCCCCGCCCCAGCAUCUGGACCCGGACCUCCACCAAUGAAGAGCCAGCGCUACCUGCCCGAAGAGCCGCCGCCGCACUCCGACAUCUCAGAGUGCUCCAGCCGGCCGCAGUCACACAAAGAUUCUGACUCCAUGGCGGCGAGGGGCGGAUUUAAGCCUAUCAAUCAGCUGAGAAAGAGGGGUGGGGGUGGAGGGGGGGGAGGAGGAGGAGGUGGGGGCGGAGGAACCAAGAUCUACUCCAUUGACUCAGACCAGGCCAGUCUCCACUCAGCUCCCCCCUACCAGCGAGACAGCCAGGGGGGAGGUGACGACCACAGUUACCCUCCUGACCUGUUUCCACCUGACAGCACAUACUCACACACUCACACACACUCCCACCAGGGGGACACACCCAUUUUGCAGCUGAGCGCCAGCCUGCUGCAUCACAGUCACAGCGCUGAGGCUGACCUGCACUCUCUGAAGGACAAGAAGUACAGCACCUACACACACAGCAGUGUGAAAGACAAGGCGGGAGGUUCGUUUGAUGCCCCCAGUGCAGGUACGGGGACACAAGGCGUCAGGCCUGGUCACUGUCGCGCCUGCCUGACCAAGCUGACGGGUUACUCCGGCCUCUACACCGUUCGCUCGCCACAGGCUCGCUGUGAUGCCUGCGCCCACCUGGGAAACCUGUAUGACAUCAGUGAAGACCACCUCCAUUCACACUACGCCCACACGCACACUCACCCACACAGCGGGGACAUGUUUACACACUACCUUCCCCAGAGCGAGCUGGGCCUGGUGGGCGAAGGGGACGGGCUGGUCAGCCACUUUGAGCCCUCUUCUCCCUCUCCAUCUCCUCUCCCCACCUCCUCGUCGGCUCAGCACCUCCAGCUGAGCCGUCAGCACUCCUAUGAGAACAUGAUUCCAGACAGCAUUCCCGAGCGGCAGUCACAGCCUCACACUCACCUGCGGGGGCUGAGCCUGCCUGACAGAGAUAGGGAGAGGGAGCUGACCCUGGACGAGGGGGCCUAUGCUAAUGUUCUCACAAUGCGCUCUGAUCGUCCGUUCAGCAGCCGCAGCCCCCCCUCUCCGUCACCGUCCCACCACCACAGUCUGGACGCCCCGAUGCCCCUCCCCCGGCGCUCAAAGAGUCUCUUCCCCGAUCGGCCCUCUCACAACCCUUUCCUCCAGUCGGCCCCCGGCACAGCACAACGAGAUCCUGCCUCCCAGUCUGUCACACGCAUGCCACAGAGAAGUUCUGCCCACGAGCUCUACAAGCAGCGAAUGCCGCUGUCGCUUACCCUUGGUAACCAUGGCAACCAUCAAGUCAACCAGCAUGGCGGCCAUAUCGACCAACAAUUGUUCUACCCUCAGCAGGAGCCCCCUGUGGUGGCUUACAUGGUCCCACCUGCUGCCUCUCAGCCAAUGAGCUAUGUGACAGCGCCGCGAGCCUCCAGCGCGGGCAGCAACCGGCCACGGCUCUACCGCCGCAUGCCAAGCAUCGAGUCUGACGUCUGAGAGUCACGCACAACAUCCUUACUCUCACUGAAACACACUAACACACACGCAUGCAAGAAAGAGGUGUGUGUGAUCGGACCAGGCAGCUCUGAUUCUAAGCACAUAUACAAAAACACACACACACAGACGCACACGCAGGUGAAAGACGGGAAGGUUUGCUCUGGACUAAAAGGUUAAUGGCGAUGCUGAGUAAAUAAAUCAUUGUUUCUUUAUCACGCUCUCUAGAGGGCAGGGUUUGGGCCACAGGGACACCUGGAGGCACAAUACAAGUUGAAGAGUGUGUGCGAGUGUCAGUGUGUGUACUUGCCUCAAGCUGUGGGCAACGAGGCAAAAACGGACAAUAUGUCUGACAAGACAGAUAGAAAUCUUGGCGGAAUAAGAGGGACACUGUACAGUGGGAUCUGAUGGAAGAUACGACGGAGUGUUUGGAAGAAGAGCCGACCUGUCCCGCCCUCUCACCAGCCUCUUAGGGGAGAUAAUGGGGGACACAGAAAACCCCUCUCUUUCUGAGAUUACACACACACACACACAUACACAUAUAUUUCACCUAAACACACCCGCCCCUCUCCAGGACUCUCCUGUUGCACUAUGAUUUCAUACAGUCAACCCGUUUGUUGUCUGAGCCUCCAAACUGCACUGCCAGCAUGGCUUAAAGAGUAGUAAACUACACUAGAGUAAUCCUUGACUUGAAUGGAAAUUACUAUCUAUGUAAUAGACUAGACGGGGAGGCGGGCAGCUGGUCAGGACACAGGUCUGAGAAGUGUAUCAGCGUAUCCUGCCCGCAGAUGUACAAACGCUUGAACACACACGCGCUGUGUCUGUUUUUUGGGGGAAGUUAGAAUAAGAAGAACCGACUGUUGGUUUCUGCUGAUGUCAGUUAAUUGAACAUUCCAAAAAGUGGACCAAACAUGGCCGCCAGUAAAACGCCUCUCAGGAUGAGAGUGUGUGUUCCAGUGUUUCUAGAUCUAGAGACAUUACAGUAUAGCAUCCUUGCUUCCUCUCUUAGCUAGCCUUCAGGUCAUACUGCAUGCUUCCUACUGCCCUGUGUUACAGUUAAACUCCUAUACAGGGUCAUAUGUGCACACACUCGCACACAAAUAUAUAUGCACAUACACACACACGCGCACACACACACACGCGCACACAUGCACAUACGCAGUAGUCUAAGAUAGUAGUUUAGGGUGGGUGUGUGUGUUGAGGCUAUGAGAUAGCUUCUCUUUGUGCACUUUGUAGAUUUUAUAUCCUGCCACCUAACACAGACGUUUGACCAAAAACACUUUUAUACUGAAAAAUAUGAAUAUUCUCAGUCAUUCGCUGGAUAGAUGUUUUCUUUUCUCUUAUUUCUCUUUGACAUUGGGCUUUAGGGCACCAUUAAGGGCACAGUUCUGUCAGUUUCCAUUGUGAGGUCAGAAGUUUUACAGUAUUAGAUAAUGGGUACAGCAUCAUACAGUAUACACAACACUAACUCUUAAUCUUUCUCUUCUUUUUUUUUUUUUUUUUAAACCUUUACUGUGCUCACCCGGCAUUCUGGCCUUUCCUUCGUCAUUCAUCAGUUUUUGUUUGUUUUCUUAAUUCUUCCUUUGUCUUUUUCGCUCCUUCCCUGCUUCUUUCUAUAGAGUAGAUUGAGUAUCAGAAGAAUAAAGUUCAGUCGUGGUGUUUAAAAACGCAACAUAUUGUUGGAAAUCACUUAAUAUCCUUAGUCGUAAGAAUUCAUCAGAUUCAACAACCGGCUCUCGUAGGAUACAGUACUUUUUUCUAAUAACUUUCUAUGUUGAACAAAAGAGCUCGAGGCCCGUUUUAAUGUUUCCGUAGUGAAUUUAGAGGCUGAGUGCAUCACUGUUGCAGAUUUACUCAUCAAAUUAAUACUUGUGGACGAGCGCCAGAGUAGCUGGUACUUGUGUGGCUCUCUGUUGGCGAGAACGCGGCGCUGUGUCUCAGCAGAGAGAGUCACGUGGCAACGCAGAGAGUUUGCAAAGUGACUCGUUACAGAGGCAACACUCACUCACACACACACACACACAUUCAUACACACACACACACACUUGACAAGCUGGCAAUGUGUGUAUGAGUGUUCUAGAAAUCCAUAAUCUACUGAGUAAGGGCAUUGAUUUUUGAGCACAAGGAUUUUGAUGGGAAAAGGACUUGAUAUCCCAUUAGCUGAGCAUCUGUCUCUAUUCUCUCUCUUUCUGUUUUCUAUUCUCUCUCUCUCUUUCUCUCUCUCUCUCUCGCUCUCUCUCACACACACACACACACACACACAUACAUAUAUCUAUAUAUAUAUGGCUGCAAAGAAUGCAAGACAGUUUGAAACAAAAAACGCACCUUUGAACGGUGAACGCUGCCCCUCUUUUGGUAAUCUUAACAGGUUUGGUGUGUGAGUUAUAUGCACAAUAUCAGGUUGCAAUAUUAUACUUCUGUACAGAGAAAUCUUUGUUUUAAAUGUUAGAAACUGAAUUCAUUUGUUUGAUUUGAAUGGUAUUAAGUGUUGAAUUCAUUUCAAUAACAACGUGGCUUUUUAUUCUGCUCCUUUAAAAAAAAAAAAGACUGGCAUGUUUUAGAUUCUUGUGAUUUCUUUUAUUUUUUAUUAUUAUUAUUUAUUUAUUAUUUAUUUUCUCUGGUGUGUUGUUGGUUGGUUGGGACCUCACUGUACAGUCCUCACUGCUGGGUUAACGGACUAGUUAACUGUCCUGGUCAGCUCACCGGUUAACUAGCCACACGUAGCUGGGUCUCUCAUCUGAAUCACGCUGAAUGAAUAAUGAUAGUCCAGCCUGUGUGGCUAAUACAAACCCCCUCCCACCCACAUCGUUCUUUUCCACUACGAGUCUGUGCUGUUUCAACUCAGUGUGAGCGAGUGUGUGCGUGUGUGCGUGUGUGUGCGUGUGUGUGUGUGUGUGUGUGUGCGCGCGUGCGUGUUUGUGUGUGUGUGCGUGUUUUACACCGUGCAGGCAUUUAUAUAAGACUGAGGAUGAUAUGUGUAUUUAGAGGUUGUUUGUGGUGUGUGUGUCUGUGUGUGUGUGUGUGUGUGUGUGUGUGUGUGUGUGUGUGUGUGUACUUUUUUGUACACUCUUCCCUUCAUCCCACACAUUACAUUUGACCUGGCUCUUACUCAUAUAACACAAAUACAGUCUCUCACACACACACACAAACACACAUGUUGCGUCUGUACUGUUGUGGUUAGGAGAGCGUGUAGAUCGAGUUUUGUAUGUCCACCAUCACGGAGAUUUUUACACCAACCUUUUGUUUAAUUUUUUGAUUUUUUAAAUUGCAUGAUGUGCUCGUGUUUCUGGUGGUACCUAUUUUGCUGCAACACUUGAGUUCUCCCUGAGUUAGACCUACUGGGCUACACGUCCCCACGCUCCCCUCCACCCUGGUCGGUGCACCAUGUCUGGCCGGGGCCUUGGAUGGUUACGCUCCCCGGCUCCUGCACAACCCCAAGCCGUCGACGAGGGACAUGUGGAAAACGUUCCCAGGCGCAGCACAGUUCUUAUUUUGGCCCGGGUGUACACACACAUAUACAUAUAGUACUGGGUGGAUGGUGUGUGUUGGUGUGUAGUCCUCUGGGUCUCCCUGCUGUGUAUCUCACUUGUGUAUAAGUUCAGGGGUUUCUAAGCUACUAGUUGUGUUGUAAAUACCUUGUCACUCAGUACCUCUGUACAAUCUGUAAAUAAGUAAAGGUUACAUUUUUCUA